GAUCUUUUUUUAUAUUGUGAACAUGGCUCCAGUGACCAAAAACGAAAUCGUGGGGAUCGACGACGACCAAAGAUUCGCUUUGAUGAAGUUUCGGAGAAGCGUGAAAGAUGUUCUGAAGCCGGAACACAAUGACCACUUUUUGCUUAGGUGGCUGCGCGCCAGACAAUGGGAUCCGGAUGCGGCAGAGAAAAUGCUGAGAGAUUCAAUGAAAUGGCGGGAAAAGUGGGAGAUAGACACCACACUACAGACUUGGGAGCCUCCAGAAGUAUUGCAGAAAUACUUCCCCAGCGGUAGUACCGGUUUCGACAAAGAGGGAUCUCCGAUUAUAAUAGUUCCGUUCGUGGGUCUGGACGUGUGGGGCAUGCUGCACUCACUGAGCCGGAUGGAUGUCAUCAGGAUGGUGAUCAAGACGCUGGAGGAAUACCUCGCGUCAGCCAGGAAGCAGGCUCUGGAGCACGGACCAGCGGCUUUGAAGGUGACAGUAAUAUUCGACCUGGAGGGGUUCAACCUCAGGCAGUACGCGUGGAAACCAGCCGCUGAGAUGGUCUUCACACUGCUGCAGAUCUACGAGGCAAACUACCCCGAAAUCCUCAAGACAUGCUUCAUUGUUAAUGCUCCCAAAGUCUUCUCCCUGGCGUUUUCCAUCAUAAAGAAGUUUAUGCACGAGUACACGAUAUCGAAGAUCAGAAUCUACGGCUCUGAUUCCAAGAAAUGGCAAGCGCAGGUUCUCACGAUCAUAGACAAGGAACAGCUGCCAGUGCAUUAUGGCGGGAAUAUGGUCGACGAAAAUGGCGACCCGAGGUGUGCUCUCAUUGUGCGUCAAGGAGGAAAAGUCCCGAAGUCUUACUACUUGAAGAACUCGUCGCCUGAUGACAAGCAGUACACGCGGGUGACCAUCAAGACCGGGGAGAAACAUACCGUUGAUCUGCUGUGUCCGGAAUCCGAGAGCGUGUUGAAAUGGGAAGUGGGCGUGGACAGCCACGACAUAAAGUUCUCGAUAUUGCGGCGCGACGCGCGCGGGCAGCAGUCGGAGGCGCUCGCGCCGCGCCGGCUCGCCGCCGGCCGCGCGCACCUCGGCCUGCUGCCCGUCUCCGGGCCCGCCACCUAUUCCGUAGUGUUUGACAACAAGAACGCCUUCCUGAGGAGCAAGAAGGUAUACUAUGACGUGGUGGUGACCGAUCCGAGCCGGGACCUCAACAUCAGUGACAUGCCAGAGGAGACCACAGACCCCGUCGCGUCUUCCAGCUAAAUGUGAUAUUAACUAGUAGCCAAGUUAUUUAGUUUAGCUGUUUAGGUUGUUCGGAUCCACAGGUUUGAUUAAAACUAACGUGCGAAAGAGACAAAGAGAAUAUGAAAAAGAGACAAGAGAAUAAUUUUGAUGGUUUCUGUGGCGUAGUGCGACUUUGCUAUUUACAUAUCACCAUCACUCGAUUCGCAGUGAGACGCAGCUAACCAAUCCCAGUACGCCAUUGUGAGGCAACAACAACCACACCGCAAUGUGAUUGGUUGGCCGCGUCUCACUUCGAAUCGACUCGAUAGUGAGAAGUGAAAUGCAAUAUUGUACUUUGUCCUCUUGACGUGUGAUAUGUCUACAGAUAUGUCGACUACAUAUUACUGCUUACAACGUCGACUACAUAUUACAGCUUAAAGACAAGUCCCACUGUCGCGACUGUCUGUCUGUAUGAACGGGAUAAACUCAAAAACUACCCGACGGAUUUUCGUAUGGUUUUCACCAAUAGAUAACGUGAUUCCUGGGGCUAGGAAUCUGCGAAGCUGGGAAGGUCGCUAGUGAAUAUAAGUUUAUAAACAUAAAGACACACAACAUUUUUAUAAACAGCCACAAAAUUGAUAAAUGACUGUAAUAUUUUAAAUACAUUUACAUAAAGGUAGCUAUGACAUUUCUGUAGACGACUAGUGGUUUAUUUAGUUAAGAUUAGAUAAUUGAUAUCUAAAGUACUAUUAAGCGGUCAGUGAAAUUACUAUAUAUUAUUGUUAACCGUAUUGUAAGUACAAAAAAUACAUACAACUAUUGCAUUUAGGCUCAGAUAUGUGAAAAAUGUGUGUGGAAAUUAUCACGGAAAACCAUAAAAUAGAUGAUAUACGACAGAAUAUGUCAUUGACACAACAGAUAGUAAAUUAAUAAAUUAGGUAUAUAGGUUUCUAUGUUUCUAUAGUUAAUUAAGGUAACAAUGACAAUACGUACAAUACAAAUCAUUAUUAUAGAUAGACCAUUGUUAUAGAACAAAUAAGUUACUAUAUAGCUUAUAUUUUCACAUAUCUUGGUGUCCGUUUGCAAUCAACGUCUGACCCAAUUUCACGAUUUAACUGUCGGGGUUCAUGAGUAGAGUCACUGGGUAGAGUAUAUAUCAACUUCCAAAUUACCUAGCAAAAAGUACUAUCGGGAACACCACAGCAAUACAAUUAAAAGCAUGUUACUAUACAUGGACCUCUGUCGCAAUAAACAUACGUAUACCUAAUACCGGCGAAUUUUGUUGUUCGGUUGAUGUACUGUACCUACGAGGUAAGAUUGUACACGAUAUAGCUUCCUGUAUGGUCAUAGGAACAGUUUUUGUAUUACCAACUUCACACACUUCGAACAGUUUGCCAAACUUCGAGGGUUCGUUAUUACUUACAUUGCUGAUUUUUCAUUGCGGUUAAUAAAAGCACUCAUAUUAACUACGCAAUGUUCACGCAUUCGCGCCGGCAUGUGUCUGAGAUCGGUGACGAUGUGAAGCUGGCAAAAUAGUCAACUUUUUUUUUAAUAUUUCUUCUUAAUAUUACGUUAUUGCUAUGAUUCCAAGCAAUAACUUUUAGAAUAACAUAUCAAUACAUAUUGAUAUCUUAUUACACAUUCAUGACAUCGAGACAAAUGUAUGUAGGUACAGAAAACAGCACAUCAAGUUACCCUGCAUGAACUUCUAUGUUGCUAUAACAGCGGCGAAUUUGCAAUGAAUUCGGGUAGGUUGAUGUGCUGUUGAUUGUACUACUAAUAUAGUUCAAUGAUUCACACCUAGUGAUGCCAGGUGCCAAGCAAAGCCGGACAUGUUGCUUGUCUUUCAUAGAUUUAUUAGUAGAAUAAUUGUGAUGGUUGUUAUUGUUAUAAGGUGCUAUAUGUAUAGCAGUGGUAUUUAAUACAAUUUACAUGACAAAGGUGCACAAUCUUGUGUAAUAUUACAGAUAUAAAAAUAUUGCAAUGUAAUUAUGAUAAGGUUUUGUACUGAAAUAAAAGUUACUGAUAUAUGA